AUGGAUCGCUAACAGUGAACUGACACUUUAAACUUGUAGCUCUCUCUCCUGCUGGUUUUCUAUUCCGCAAGAUAAUUGCCAGUGAUUGCUCUCACAUUGCAUCUCAGCAACCGCCACCUGCACGUGCCUGCUUGUUUGUCUACGUCACUUCCUGCGCGGCAGAGCAGCCUCGCAGCUUGUCAACUCACCGCAGCUCCGUGUGCUUCCGUUUGUACAAACUUUCAGGCUCUUUCGUCGCCUUUAGCUCACACCUCUCGGACGGAUGAAAGCUCACACGUGUCCAGCACCACUUUGACGCUUUCAAUUGUAUUUCUGUCGCUAAGUUGCGCCAUUUUCCCGCGCACGCUAGCGACGUUAGCCGCUAUCGAUAGCAGGGGUGAGGGAAAGCUGCAGCUGCGAGUUUGCAAACUUUCAGUCUCACUGUGAGAGAGCACUAAUGGAUCAGCUCCGAGUGUGAAUUUGUGAAUGACUGAAGUAGCUGCAAAGUUUUGUGAUCAUGUCUAAUCAGCUGACCGCGGAGCAACAGCGAAAGAUUGAGGAGAACAGACGGAAAGCUUUGGAGAGAAGAGCCCAAAGACUUGCACAGAGCAGCAGCAGCAGUACUUCAGUGCAGGUACAGCCCCCUAAACACAAUGCAAACCCAGACACUGCCACCCUCACUCAUCACAGAGACAUACCCACCUCCGCUCCUGUGCCUAAAAGGUUUGCUCCACCCUUCAAGAAAGACUCACAGAGCCUCCACAACCAAAACCAAGACCCCAAUCAGGAGCGCUUAUUUGGCUGCAAAGUCAACCAGAGCACUCUGUGUAACUCUGCUGCUUCGAGACCGAUACAAAUCAUUGACCCCCUUCCUCAAACGAGAAAUCAACCAGUGAGCAGCCCUGUCUUGUCCAGCUUUGGCGUGAAGCCGGCUCAUCCCAAACCAGACCUCACCUCCACCUCCAGCUCCACCUCCAGCUCCAGCUCCAGCUCCAGCAGCUCUGGCGGCGCAGUUGGCUCGUUCUACAAGCAAAAUACUAAACCUGUGGCACAGCUUCCCUCAAACUCAUCAACGUUGAAUGCUGUACCUGCAAAAAAGCCUGCCAUCUCUGCAAGAGGGAAAUGUGUAGCUCACGCAGAGGGCCGCUUUAGAGUAGAAGUGGGCUACCAUGUGGAGCUUAUUGCAGUUUUUAAAUCCAUCCCCUCAAAGAGCUAUGACCCUGCCACAAAGAUGUGGAACUUCAGUCUGGAGGACUAUCGACAGCUAAUGGAGCAAGCAGCUGGUAUUGCCUCUGUGUCUUUGAGGCCUCUGGAGGGAAUGGACGCGAUAGACGUCGCAGCAGCCACCAGUGCAGCCCGUGACGGCGUGGCACUGGGGGCGCUGCUGAAGCUUUGUAAUGGCUGGCAAAAACCUGGAGCCGUUCUCCAGGGCCAGUGCGUCCUGGUGUCUCAGACAAAGUUUGAGGUCGACGUCGGUUACCAUGUCGAUGUCAUUGCAGCUUUCAAGCAGAUGCCGACAAAGAAUUAUGACAUGAAAACAAGAAAGUGGAGCUUUUCACUUGAGGAUUACAAGAGACUCAUGGAUCUCCUCAGUGGGAUAGCAGCAGUGGAGGUGGAGCCUCUGCCCAGGGCAAUAAUCCAGGCUUUCUCUGCCAGGUUUGACGGGACCGAAGCCAGGUCUUUAGACGUCCCUGAGGCAGACCUCUCCAGCAUCGACCACUCGCUCACCCGCAGCCUCAUGCCCUUCCAGAGGGAAGGAGUCAAUUUUGCAGUGUCUAAACAAGGCCGCCUCCUCCUAGCUGAUGACAUGGGCCUGGGAAAGACGGUGCAGGCCAUCUGCAUAGCAGCCUAUUACAGGAAUGAAUGGCCCUUGCUGGUGGUCGCUCCCUCCUCUGUGCGAUUCACCUGGGCUGAGGCCUUCAGACGCUGGCUCCCCUCCCUGAGUCCUGACAGCAUCAACGUGGUGGUGAAAGCCAAAGACAACCUGCGGUCUGGUUUGGUCAACGUCGUCAGCUACGACCUCCUGAGCAGGAUGGACAAGCAGCAGUCAGGAAAACCCUUCAGUGUUCUCAUCAUGGAUGAGUCUCACUUUUUGAAGAACAUGAAGACUGCGCGUUGUAAAGCAGCGUUGCCUCUGCUGAAGGCAGCGAAGAGAGUGAUUCUUCUAUCUGGGACCCCUGCCAUGUCCAGACCCUCUGAGCUCUACACCCAGAUUCUGGCUGUCAAACCCACACUCUUCCCUCGCUUCCAUGAGUUUGGGAUGCGCUACUGCGAUGCCAAACAGUUGACUUGGGGUUGGGACUACUCAGGCUCAUCUAACCUCGGGGAGCUGAAGCUGUUGCUGGAGGAGUGUCUGAUGUUGCGCCGCCUCAAGUCCGACGUCCUCUCCCAGCUCCCUGCGAAACAACGCAAGGUUGUCACAAUAACCAUAGAUGGCGUCAACACCCGCACAAAAGCUGCUCUGUCAGCUGCAGCCAAGCAGCUAGCCAAAGGAAAGAGCAAUAAAAAGGAAGAGAAGGAAGCCCUCCUCGUUUUUUAUAACCACACAGCAGAAGCCAAGCUGCAAGCCAUUAUGGAGUACAUCACAGACAUGCUGGAGGGCGGGAGGGAGAAGUUUCUAGUGUUCGCCCAUCACAAGUUAGUCCUGGAUCACAUCAUCACCGAACUGGGAAAAAAGAAUGUUACUUUCAUCCGUAUUGACGGAGCCACUCCAUCAGCUGAACGACAGCUGCUGUGUGACAAGUUCCAGUACUCGACCCAGACCUGUGUGGCUGUACUGUCUAUCACUGCAGCUAAUAUGGGUCUCACCUUACACUCUGCUGACCUGGUGGUGUUUGCUGAACUUUUUUGGAACCCCGGGGUUCUCAUUCAGGCAGAGGACAGGGUGCACCGUAUUGGACAAACCAGUAAUGUGAACAUUCACUACCUGGUUGCCAAGGGAACUGCUGAUGAUCACCUGUGGCCAAUGAUUCAGGAGAAAAUGAACGUCUUGGAGCAAGUGGGUCUGUCUGAGUCAAACCUCUCAGACAAUGCCCUGAACGCCAGCUUCCAUUCUAAGGACCCUAAGCAGAGGAGCAUCAUGGAGAUGUUCCAGAGGUCUUUCACUGAGGAUGACGACAUAGAUGAAGCCAUUUUACUGGAGGCUGCAGAUGACUGGGAGGACACCCCGCCUGAAAACCGCUCUGCUGAACACCACGGCAUGGUCAGACAAAGCCCCAGCAAAAAGAGCAUCAAAGACUUUUUUGGCAGAUGACGCCAUGUUGAUGAAAUUUCAUCACUUUAUUCUUAAUUUUCAACAUAUCAUGACUGAUAAAAAUGUAUUUUAAUAGAAAAUAAAUAAAUGUUUGACUCAAGGUUUUAAAA